CGUUUUCUGACGGCCCCAGGGCCUGGUGAGGGGCCCCAGAGGCCGAGAAUUGCCGAAGACCUGUCGUCGCGAUCUCGCUGGCAGCGCGAGGCGGUGGGCGGACGCCCGACGAGCGCGCGGCUGGCGCGGCACCGAGCGCGGCCCCACCACCGCGCGCAGCCGCGCCUCGGGGCGGCCCCGCCCGGAGAGCGCGCUGGAGUUGGGGCGGCCGCUGUUUCUGCGGCGCGGGGCAGGUCAGGAGAUGGUCGCCCGAACACUCUGCCUUCCCCCCAGGGCGCGUCGCCGAUCCACGUCUAAUAAGCGGAGCCGACGGCAGACGUGUGAGCAUCUGCAGAUGCAUCGGCCGGCCAGGCGCGCGGGCCGCCCUCAGACGGGCGCGCUCCCGCCCCGGCUCAGCCCGGGAGGGCCCGCUCCUCGGACGAGUACGUCGUGCCGUCGAUCAGGAUGGACUUGCGCACCAUGCGGCGGCCGUUGGCAUCCACCACCAGCGCCUGGCGGACCUCGACAGAGGCCGCGCCCUCCGACGACCUCGGAGCUGCUGGAGAAGGACGACAGCGCCUUCAUCAGCAUCAUGGCGCCCUCCUGCGCACGGCGCCCGCGGGUCGGGCGCGUCGUGCCCCAUGCCCCGAGGAGACCGGCCAGGCCAGGGAGCCUCGAGUCGUGGUGGGUCGGCCGUCGUUGCGAGGGUCGGUUUGCUGCGGCCUUCGCUGUCGCAAGCGGUGGCGCUGCCUUUGUCGUUGUCACCGCCAGGCCGCUCGCGUCAUCAGCCCUGCUGCGGUUGGUUGGUGGUGUUGCUGUUGUUGUUUUCGUUCCUCCUGUUGCUGCUGGUGGUGCCGCCGCCUUGAUCGAACGGUUGUCGGUACCGUAGUUCUGUUGGUGGGAGUGGUUGUGGCAUCGUCUGGUUGUUGAUAUGCCUCGCUCAAAAGCUCAGGGUCCCAACUGCCCUCCGUGCGCAAAUACUUUCGAGGGCCAACUCUUCCAAAGCAUCUCCGGAUUCCAUUUCGUGGAGGGGCUCACCCUCCCUCAACUCCACGCCAGAUGUCUUCCCCU